GCCCACUAAUUGAACAGCCCAUUUAUUUACACUGUCCACACGGCGUCGUUUGGUAUCCUAGCACCUAGACGUGUCUAUAGGCUAAAAAUAAACAAACGUUUCAUUAAAAAAUAGAAAAAAUAGAAAAAAUUGUAGUGGAGCGACGCAGAGGGUGUAUCACCAGUGGCAAUCGCCGAUCCAUUGAUCCCUUAAAAAUCAUCAACUCCAAAUGUUAUUGAAGUGAAAAUUAAGAGGAUAAAAAAUGAGAGAACUGAGUGGAGUGCAUGAACACCUGCAGACCUGACAAAAUCCCGUAGUGUCUCCAAAAAAAAAAGUGAAAAUAUGCCUACAGUAGCAAAUUCAUCUUUGACGUACGAGAUCCUGAUGUACCUCAACUCCUUCUAUUUCGGUAUGUUCGCUGUUUGUGAAUUGGGAAUGGGACUGUUCAAAGCCACUAACUUGCCAUCACCAAGUUCUGGAACAACGAUAACUGAAUUUUCACUGCUGGUAUUUCUGAUUGCAACUGAGGGUGGACGUGUCUACCUUGGAAGAAAAGGAAAUCUCACGGAAAGAGGACUUCUCAUACUGCUCGGAAUUGCCUUGACAAUACCCAGUGCCCUGGCAACCCUUUACUUCCUCUUCUGGCAGAAUUACGUUCUCAGACUGGAAGUCAUCCUCUGUAGCAUACAAUUGGUACUUCUUACCUCUGAACUCGUCAUCUCCGUGUUGUGCCUUAUUGCUGUUUAUCGUCCUCCUCUCCCGGACGAAUAGAGGGAAAAGUCCAGUUACUCACUAUUUAUUUAUUUCAUCAUCAUCUUCACUCAUUGGAACUGAUGCGUAUGCAACUGUUGACAAAUGUCGUCAGUUAAAAUUGUUAAAUUCGUGGCAAUCGAUCAGAUUCUCUUUUUAUUCUCUUAGAUUCUCAUUCCAAUCAUUCCAUACACUGUUACGAGCAUUUUCCAGUACACAAGAUGUUGCUCGUAAUUAAAGCAAUUAAUCUAAUAAUACGUUAGGGAAGGAAAAAAUACACGUGAAAACGAGACACGCAUUUAUGCAUUUGAUUGCGUAAAAAUUGACAAAUUCAUGUUUCAGUUGCUUCAUUCUCAUAAAUACAUUUAUAUUUUAGGUAGUUAACAUUACGCAUUGUCAUCAAUUGUCAUACGAUUGUACCUUGUUUUUUUGUACAUGUCAAUUCGUGUACACUCUUGCUCAGUAUGCAUUUCUUCUUUUUCGAAGAAAUUUUUAGUCGAUCGAGGGAAUUUCAAGAUUACUUUAUACAUAAUUACAUACAUAAACUAACGGGUUUUUCACUGCUUUCAGUGCCUUGAUUCUCGAAUAAUUCUGCACGUUAGUCAUUCAUUAUUACUAUUGUGUGCUUAAUUAGGAUUUUCAAUAAUAUUUGAUAGAAUUUAAUAAAUGAUAAUGCCCUAUGCCUUGUAACUUACGAUGAAUAAAUUCUCUAGACUUAUG